AUGUCACUCUUUCCAUCUUCUCAUCUAUACACUCGUUUAAAAGAUACUAUUCCCGCUGUUCUACCGUGGAGUCAAGGGGACUCCUCCACCAAAGGUGAUCCUCGGAAGAGUGUCAAGUGGAUCGAUGGCCUGCGCGGAAUUGCCUCCUUCCUAGUAGUAUUGACACACCUCGCCCGAGCAUGGGACUAUGACCUCUUUUCUCCUCGAGACACCGAAGACGCGAUCCCACGGAUCCUGCAAUGGCCUAUCCUGCGCAUUCCCUGGCAAGGCCGUCUCGGUGUUACCAUCUUCGCAUUCCUUACAGGCUAUGUCUGUGCCCUAAAACCAUUGAAGCUAUCACGAGCUGGAGAUACGACUUCUGCAUUCACAACAAUCGCUAAGAGCGCCUUCCGGAGACCACCAAGACUUAUCUUUCCGGCUACCAUUGCCUUGGUGAUAUCAUGGACGGUUGCCCAAUUCGGCGGAUUUACUGUUGCCAAUCGCUCUGAUAGCUGGUGGUGUCGAUAUGCAGCCCCAGACUUGGAAGAUUCUCUCUGGAAAGAGGUUCUUCGGUUAGGGGAGAACUUUUUGUCGACUUGGACCACCGGUUAUAUGGCAUACGAUGAUCACCAGUGGGCUCUUUUACCUUUGCUAAAGGCCUCGAUGCUGGUAUUUAUUCUUCUUGUCGCGACCAUGUUUAUGCGAUUCCGAUAUCGAGUCACCGUAUACAUUGGGAUGCUGCUUUAUUAUCACCAAGAUGCUGCAAAAGAUACGGAAACAUUCCAAAUGCAAGCUAUUUUCGGCGUCCUUCUCAGUGAUCUCUCAUACAACACCACGCUCAAGGACUGGGUAGAAGCCCAUCGCUAUACUCGGAAGCUCAUCAUCAUACCCCUCGCACUUGCGGGUCUCCUAAUCGCCUCCUACCCAGGCGAACACCCCGAAUGGAUGCCCUGGUCGAAUUUCAUGUUCGAACUCUCAAAAUACAUUUUCCCACCAGAUGUGAACGUCGGGAAGCGCUACUCAGCCCUCGGCGUGGACCUCAUCAUCCUAGCAAUCUACCUAUCUCCCUCCACCAAGGAGUUUCUCGCCAGUCGACUGCUACUCUGGCUUGGAAAGCAGAGUUUCGCGGUAUACCUCAUCCAUGGGACGAUGCUGCGUGUUGUCCUUUGCUGGAUGUUAUACGGAAUUAGUGGCCAGCCAUGGGAAGGAGGUGAAGCUGCCACUGAUGAUUUGCGGGACUGGCUGCCACUACGACCGCCGUGGGUUGUUGCUAUUAGUAUACCAGUAUGGAUUGGACUGGUGUAUGCUCUUGCAACGGCUUGGACAGCGUAUGUUGACCCGUUCUGUGCAUCUAUGACGGAGAAGUUGGAGAGGACGGUUUUUGCAGAGGAUGAGAAGGCGUCGUUGCCAUUGCCGGCUGUCUCGGUUCCUAUGCGGACUACAUGA